UUUACAGAAAUAGAAGCAAGUUUGACAGCUAAAAUAUACAGAAGCGAGUUGAGAGAUAUUUGAAGGGAUCGCGAUGCGAUCUCCAUUUGCUCUGAUUGUUGCUGCAAUCGCAGUUUAUGGGGCUACGAUUAAUUAUGUCAAUGGACAAGCGAUGCCAUUUAGAUCCCAUUUACACCCUGAGGCAGUUACACUCUCAUCAGAGAGAAACUGGAUUUCGCCAAUGCAAGUGAAGGCUCAUCUUGCGCAAUUGCACCAACGCGUUAAAAAAGGAGCAAAGUUCAACUUUGAUUCACUGGGGAAUGUUGGAAAACUGAUGCAAAAAGGCAAUGAAACAAUCCACAGCAUGAUUGAAACAUUGCGAAAUGCUGAGCUGGAACACAAAGCAUCCAUCAAUGCAGUGACAUCUGAAACAAUUAGUUCUGUUUGUCUUUCACACAUCAUCUUAUCCCUGGGUCAACUUUUGCAGCUGAAACCCUGGGCCUUUGAAAUGUUUGAUGCUUUUGGGAAACUGAAUGAUGGAAUCAAGUGGGGCAAUGUCAUGGCAACUGGUAAUUUUGAUCAAUGCGUUGCCAUCAGGGCAACAGAAAAUCCCACAAGUCCAGAGGACAUUUUUCAAGGAAAAUACUGCACUGUACUGUUGAAUACACAAGGAAUGAUGACAAGCAAUGCAACAAGUGCUGAGUUCAGGGAGGCAUUCAUACGCAACAGUAUUCAAAGGAACACAGAUUUCCAUUCACUGUUUGGUCCACACCAAAACAUUGAGAAAUUACUGCAGAAUCUGCCAAGGAUUGCAAAAACAGGGGAUGUCCAGCUGCAGCUGAAUUCCUAUUAUGGAAGCAUGUUUCCAUCUUUUUCAGGAAUUGGCUUUGGUGGAUGUUUCCCUUCCUCAUGCUCAGCCCGGGAUAUUGAGAUAUUGGUAGACAUGUUUGCAACAAACCUUGUCUCUUUGGCAUUUCCCACAAUGGUAUCAGAACAAGCUGUUUCAACUCCAAAUCUGUUCGCUGUGUUAGACUGUCAAAUUCAGGGUGAGAAGAAGACCUUGGAUUCAGCUGACAUCCUUGUAACGAGCAUUUUGUCAGCCAUAUUGAUAGUAAUGAUUUCAGCAACCCUGCUUGAUUGGAGAAUCAGAGAAAACCCAGAAAAAUGGACAAAUAUUAAAAAAGAUCUUGGAGUGCAAACCCUGAUAUCUUUUUCUGUCUGGACAAAUGGAGAGAAACUUCUUAGUACUUCCAGGAAUAGCGCAGCUAUUGGAUGCCUUGAUGGAAUAAGGUUCAUAUCCAUGACGUGGGUUGUGCUUGGACAUUGCUUUCUUUUUAGUUCAUCAGCAGUGUGGGCAAAUGGAAUCAGAGCUGUGACAGAGAUGACCAAGGACUUCACUAUGAUGGCUGUGACCAAUUCAACUGUGUCAGUGGACAGCUUCUUCUUCCUGUCAGGUCUCCUCCUCACAUAUAUAUCAUUCAGACAAUUGGAAAAAUCAAAGGGAAAACUCAACAUUGUCCUUUACAUACUGCAUCGCUAUUUGAGACUUACACCAGCUCUUGCAGCACUCAUUGUCCUUCAGAUUACAGUUUUCCGCAGGCUUGGAGAUGGUCCAUCUUGGUACCAAGUGGAGAGUAUUGCUCAAAAUUGCAAGGACACCUGGUGGAUCAAUAUGCUCUACAUAGGAAACUUUGAUAGUUACGACCCUGGUUUGCAAACCAAUUGCAUAGGACAAGCUUGGUACCUUUUUUGUGACAUGCAGUUGUAUGUGCUGAGUCCAUUAUUGUUACUUGUUAUGUACCACUACCCAAAAUUGGGGUAUUUUUCUUUGGGGGCCAUAAUGCUGGGAUUCUGGACAUCACCAAUUGUUGUGACUGUUGUCAACGACAUUGCUCCAGUAUUUUUUCCAUCACUUGCGAGCUUCCUUGAUCCGAAAAUGAUUGAUUUUUUUUUGAAGUCAUAUACUCAAAUGCACGUCAGAGGAGGUCCGUAUGUCAUAGGAAUGGCCUUGGGCUAUGUGAUGCACAAACUGCGAGGAAAGAAGUUCAACUUACCCAAGUGGGCUGUCAUUGCUGGAUGGACCUUGGCCACAGGAAGUGCCCUCGCCAUCAUCUAUGGCCCAGUGAGGUAUUUCAAAUUUGACAGCAUGGAUUCCCCAGGCAGAACAGAAUCUGCCCUUUGGUCCAUGUUUCGCAAUGUAUGGACACUCUGUCUGGCAUGGGUUGUCUUUGCAUGUGCCAAUGGUUACGGGGGCUUUGUCAAUACUUUCCUGAGCUGGAAAGCCUUCAUGCCACUGUCCAGAUUGACAUAUUGCACAUAUUUGCUGUCUGUUCCAGUGCAAACCAUGUAUCAGGCUGCCAGGAGGUCCCCCAUGUGGAUGGACUACAUUCAGAUGGUUUACUUGUACGUCGCUGUCCUCAUUAUAUCCAUGUUACUGGCCUUUGUUUUUUCACUUGCGUUUGAGAUGCCUUUCUUGGGACUGGAGAAAGUUAUUUUCAGACCACUGGAGAACUUUGACAUCAAGACUGUGCUGACUGUCAAAAUUCCUCGGGAGGAAAAGGAAGAAAAAUUGCCUUUAGAAGAACACGGCAUUGAAGUGGAAUUGAAUGAAAUUCAACCACAAGGGACGACGAAUCCAUCGUUCGUCAAUCAAUAAUAUUUCAAAGCUGAGUUUCUGAUCGCUGGAUUUUCAAAUGAUUUCGAAAUAUUGUUUCAGUAACGCGAGAUAAAUUCAUUUCAGUAAGAAA